AUGUCUUACAUACACAUGCAUACCUCCGGCAAAGACAUACACAGGAGUGAUAACUUCCUGCAGUGCUACUGCACACACCAACAAAAAGUCGAUAACGAAUUAUUUGCAGACGUUUCCAAAAUGAUUACAAGGGAGUACCCCGAAAAAGGGGGAAGGGCCCCAAAUGAUUCUGUUUACACAGAAAAAAAAAAAAAAAAAAAGCGACAAAAAUUCAACACCCCAGGAGGUAAGUAUCCAAAUGAUUUAAAAAAUAGCCUCUACAACAUGUGCCUCAAUUUUGCAUACAGUGAUAUCUAUCAAGAAUACAUAAACAGAUUAAGUCUAAAUUGUCAGAACAAUUGCGAUUAUGACCAAAUAAGGAGAAGCAUUUUUAUACCUAGAGAGGAUUUUUUUAAGUAUUAUAAUUUCCCCUUUUACGACAACAACUUUGAGUUAGAAUCAGAACAAUUCUAUGAAGAUGAAAUUGGUGCAGACUCUGAUGAUGAUGUUGGCGGUGUGGAGGAGGUUGGGAAGUUUGCUUUGGAGAGAUACGAUGCUUGGAGGUAUAAAUCCAGGACUAGUCGAAUAAAGAAUCUCAUACUUGGAAUGCCCGAUCGUAAAGGGGGUAUCCUCUCAAGGGGGAAAGGCAACCAUGGGGGGGACGGCGAUGGUGAUGAUACUUUUUACCGAGGAGACCACGACGAUGACGAAGACUCAAAAUCCUACGCCUCCCAAUUCUUUCGAGUUAUUAGUCAAAGGAAAAAUUGUCAACUGGGAAAUGACAACUACCAAAGCAGUGGAGAUAACGGGGUGUCCAAAUUUCAGAGGAGUCAAGGAAUUUUAAGCGAAUCGAACAGAGGGGAUGAAAUCGGAGAGGAGAAAAAGGGAUGCCUCGAAAAAGUAAAGAAACAAAUUUUCUCAUUUUGCAAGAAACUGUAUGACUCCAGGGAUCCCUCGUUCAUGUCCAACUUUAACAUUCACUUUUUAAACUACCACGAUAUUGAUAAGAAGAAAAUAAUGAACGCUUGUAAUGAGGACUACAUAUGCAUGGUGCAGAAUUUGGCGGAGGUAAAAGGGGACCCCCUCGUUGGAAGAUAUUACAAGGGCGUCCACAUGGUACAGAAGAAACAAGUGCAGGAGAAACAGGUGCAGGAGAAACAGGUGCAGGAGAAACAGGUGCAGGAGAAACAGGUGCAGGAGAAACAGGUGCAGGAGAAACAGGUGCAGGAGAAACAAGUGCAAGAGGAACAGGUGCAGGAGAAGCAAGUGGAAGAGAAACCAGUGCAGAAUUGCCAGACGCACCAGAAGGAGUGCACACACACCAGGCGUAGGAAGGAUCACUUGAAAGAAGAACGCCAAAUGCACGGACAGGUGAAGCACAGUGCGGACGAAUUGGAAGAUUCCAAACAUGAGAACUGGUCGCAAAAUAGCCAAAAAGAAGAAAACCAAACAGGUAGCACAACCUCGAAUGUGUGCAGUGAACAGUGCGGGCUGCAGAUAGAAAGGCACAAAAAUGGAAGGAGGGUCGACAAAAAAGUUCGGUUAAGUGGAAGUUGGGAAAAAAAAACAAACGCAGAAGACAAAAGAAACAAAUCAAGAGAGCCCAAACGAAGUGCCAGCAAAAAUAUGAAGCGACUCUGUUCAGAAGAAAUUGAAAUAUAUUUUAAAAAAGUUUUAAAAAACGAAAUUAUAAGUUUUAACCAAAAAAGAAUUAAUAAGCGAGACAGAUGGAGUUCGCUUUGUCAAUUUGUUUGUUCGUGCAUAGGUGCGUCACUAACAGCGCAAUUAUACUUAGACAUGCCCCCAAUCAGCUCCUCUCUUGACUACGUUCUUCUGUUGUUGCUUCUCCUGUUCUGCUACCUAUUUAUCGGUUUGCCCAUUCUUCAAAUGGAGUAUGCCCUUGGUCAAUUAUCUCAAGGGUGCAUAAUUAAUGGUUUAAGCUUUUUAAAAAAAAAGUUCAGAGGAGUGGCAAUCGCUUCGUUGAUCAUAUCUCUUUGUAUACUAUCGAGAAGUGCUCAUGACACUGUGGACACUGCGAUCGUUGUUGUUACGUCGGUGCGAAAAACGUUUCCUUCCAAUUUGAACGAAUGUGAAGGGAUCCCGCUCAGAGGGGAUUGUCUCCGGAAUGGCAAAUGCACCUGGGUGACGACUAACACGGGAAGGAAUGGUACCCUUAGGUGGCAUUCCCCCGAAAACUUAUUCUAUCCGGGCCAAGGGUUCGUCCAUUUAGAUACACAAAUCAGAAGUAAACAGCAGGGGUUCAUUCUGAGUGAAAUUACUCCCACACGGGAUCACUGCACAUCCGAUGCCAUUUCGGAGUUGCACCAUUUCUUCUCCAAAGAAGUAAAGUUAGCAUGGAGAAUCGGGGCGCUUUUCUUAAUUACAUUCACUUUGUAUUUCCUGCUAAGGGUAGAGGGAAUGUGUCUAACGCAAUGCCUGCAGUAUACAUUUUUCCUCCUCUUCCUUGUAGCGCUUUUUCAAAUUUUUGUCCUUUCCUACCAAUUGAAGUCAAACAGGUCGUUCGAUAUCAAUGGAGAAGGGGCCCACCAUAAAGACGGGGUAACCAAUAGAAGUAUAUUUUUCAGCACUGACUAUUUCCUUUACCUAAAUUUUGAAGUUAUUGCAAAAGUAUGUACCCUGGUAUUGGUAUCCCUAAAUUGCAGUACAGGAAUUAACUACCUGUUUUCUUCCUACAGUAAUAUUGGCGAUAACCUUUUUGUAUCUGCAUGGUAUGUCGUGUUGGGAUCCUUCGUCGGGAUCUCCAUUCACAUCGUACAUUACUACGUGUGCGUACAUCGGUUGCGUAGUGAUCCCACUGGGAGAGGAACCAUUGACAUAAUGAUACCACCAAGGUAUGAUGGAUCACCUGAGGGCAUUUGCUCUCUUCAUGAUUUGUUUUCCAAAAAAGGAGAAUCAAUUAACAAUUUCAUCGUUUAUAUGGCUUCUCUAUCAAAAGUGAAAUUCCCAAAUAUGAUGACCUUCACCUACUUCCUCUGUUCCUUCCUGGCCCUACUUACAUCCUCUGCUCUCCAUUUGAAGGGGAUAAUACUGGUCUUAAAGGAGAGUAGAAAGUUUAAAGGCAUUAAAAAGAAGGUUAUAACAUUGUUUGUGAUUGUGGGAUAUUUCCUUUUAGGGCUAUUUAAUUUGUCUCCUUCUGGAUACAACACAAAUUUAAUUAUGAAAUAUGCCAUGUCCAGUUGUGUGUAUCUGUUUGUGGUAUUUGCUCAAGUGGUUUGCGUUGCAUGGACUUAUGCGUCUAAACGGGGAGGACGCAUAAUAAGUGGUUCUCCUACUUCAAAAAAAAAAGAACGUAUUUUUUCUUGCCAAUCAAUAUUUUGCCUCUUCAUUGCGAUGUGGGUGGUAUCUCCAUUUAUCCUAUACCUCCACAGGUAUAUAUUUCCCAAUUUUUUUCUUUUUUCAUUUGGAUUAGUUCUUCUGGUGAGUGCACUUCUGUUUGUGUGUGUGAAUGCCUUUUUUAUUUACAUUGCCAAUUUGAAUAUGAGACUGAGGGAGAAGCUCUAUCUGUUGUACAUCUUUAACGUGGACACUUUAAGGAUCAGGCUGAACAGAAUUUUGCAUGGAAGAAGGAGAACGUACGAUUUCGAAAAAAGGGAAGAACAUCCCUUUGCAGUUUUCCUUUUCCAAAAGUUGACAAUUCAUUGGUGUUUCUUAACGAAGUUUUUUAUUCCACAAAUUUUACUUACCAUCGUUUUGAGCAAUGUACUGUACAAUGUUCAUCUUUGCCUCGACAGGGGGACGACAGUUGUGAGGCACCACUCCUCUAAUCCGUAUGCGCCUUUCUCACAGGAAGAAUCAUCUGUCCAUCCAUACCUACGGACCGCUUCGUAUGGUAAAGAUGGAUCUGCCAAUUCGGAUCCUUUCUCAAUCGGAGCAUCCAUCGCAGCGGGGAGAAGUUCCAAAGGGGAAGUUAUCUUCGAGGAGACUUAUCAAGCUGUAUUCACAAACACCGCACCAAAAAGAGAAGCAAAUAAUAUUAGGGACAGAAAAUCGGGGAGGUUUUUCUGGGCCUGCGCACAACUCAUCGUUAUGAUAGUAGCAAUAUUGCUUACCUUGUUCAUUUCGCUCCUCACCUUUGUAAGGCCAAACAAAAUGAACUAUCUUGCGUGUGCCCCCACCAACACCUGGAACAUUAGCGAUGUGGACUUUAAGCGAAUGAACCCUGUGAACCAUGCCUACACAAGACGCAUAUACUUUUUUGAGGAAGUUUUUCCCAUCGAGAGAAUUAUGCCUGAUUAUGUCUGGACGCAUAUAAGUAAACACAUAGAGAAGCCUCACCCAGUUACACCAUUACAAGGGGAUGAUCAAAAGGACGACACGAUAUAUGACAAGAGCUUUUCUUACUUAAACAAAAAUGACUUUGAAAAUUAUAUCGUUAAUUUAAUCGAUCGGGGGUCCAAAUUGAGUCACUUUUCAGACAUAAAAAGGCAGAACUAG